UCUAGAGAAUUGAGAGAAAGAAGUCAACGCUAGAGGAAAGGUAUCGAUCCACGCUGAAAGAAACUAGAGGAAGAACGCUAUGAAAAUUGAAGUACGUAUAAGCUUGCCAAUAAGUUGACUGCAGAAAAGGAGUCUACUAGGUAUUGCUGAGAAUUUGAGACAUAGUUUGUUUCAUUGAGGUGCUGGAACUGCAUACAUUCUCUCACAACAAAUCAACAUACCAAUGGCAUCUUCAUCAUCAUCUCCGGCCUUUUCUUCUCAAUCAUGGAAUCAUGAUGUUUUCCUAAGUUUUAGAGGAGAAGAUACUCGCAAGACGUUUGUGGAUCAUCUCUACACAGCUCUUGUACAAAAAGGGAUAUACACUUACAAAGAUGACGAGACACUUCCUCGGGGCGAAUUGAUCAAUCCAUCUCUUAUGAAGGCUAUAGAAGAGUCACAGAUUGGCGUCAUCGUAUUCUCUGAAAACUAUGCCGAUUCUUCAUGGUGCUUAGAUGAACUUGCACAUAUCAUGAAAUGCAAAGAUACGAGAGGCCAAAUACUUAUACCCAUAUUUUAUGGCGUUGAUCCAUCUGAAGUUCGAAAACAGAAACAAAAAUAUGGAGAAGCAUUUGUUAAGCAUGAGUUGGAGAACAAAACCAAGGUUGAAUCAUGGAGAAAAGCACUUGUGGAUGCAAGUAACAUUUCUGGAUGGGAACCAUAG